AUGACGGCGACUGCAUGCGUGUUCCUCGUCGCCCUCCUCCUCCUUCUUCUUCUCUUGCUACUGUUGUUGUUCCUCGUCCCCAUGUCCCGUCCUUUCCAACUAUUCCAGCCAAUCGGCGGGCAGGGGAGGUUGGGACGGGACAACGGUGGAAGAACGCCAUCGCUUCUAGGUGCCGGUUUCCCACUAGAUGCUCGUCGAUGUCAUCGCUCCGACACAGCAAAGGGCAAGACAAUGGCGCCUCCGGGGCACGAGCGCUGGUGGUACCGGUACUCUAGAGGGGUAUGA